UUCUUUCAUUGAUGAGAAAGUAUGCAGGGGGAGAGAUUCUGAGACCAGGAGUCACACGGUUUGCUACCAACUUCAUCGCACUUGAUAGCAUACUCGAGAAGAGAGGAGCCCUACGUCAGAUGUUUGCCAGUCCCGAGUGGUAUGAUAGUAGAUAUUCUUAUGCCGGCACUGAAGAGAGCAAGAUAGAAGACUUGGUGACGAGACAGCCAUUCUGGCAGCGGGCUACUACAAUAGUCAAGGCUAUCAAACCAUUAUAUGAAGUGCUGCGGGCCGUAGAUAGCGAGAUCUAACCCCAGAUGGGGUUUUUGUAUCACAUGAUGGUUAAGGCAAAGGAUCAGAUUAUGGAGGCAGAUCCAGCACAUGGCCGGUCAUACAUCAACAUCAUUGAGCAACGGUGGGGAGCGCAAAUGGGUACGGAAUUACAUCUAGCAGCAUACUACCUAAACCCCCGGUUCCAGUACAGCAUAGAUGGAAUUGGUAUGGAUGAAACACUUCUGGAUGCUUUGCGUAAUGUGAUUUACAAGAUGGAGGCAGAUCCAGAAAAAGCGGCCCUAUGUCUUGAAGAGAGCAAAUUAUUUAGAGAGGGCAGCUACAGUUUUGGCCAACGAGCGGCUGUCGUCAGCAAACACAAUAUGAAUCCAGGUACGUGACACAUCAG